UCAACAAAGACUGAGGAACUGCUGCUGUGAUCUCUUCCUUUGCUCGGAGUUUUAUUCUGAAGAUUGGUUUAGACUGGGGCAGAGACAUGAGCUAAUUGUAUCCUGAUCUUUGCCUUGAGGGGUUUCAGAGCCCUGGAGCAAGUAUUCUCUGUAUUUUGUUCUGUCUACCUUAGCCAAGCUAUUGCAUUUCUCACUGGUGUAGGAAGAGAAGCAGAUCGUGGGCCAAAUCGGAGGCAAAAGGUGCACAAAAGAGAUACUUUAUGCCGCUCUAUGUUUCAGGAUAAUCGCUCCAGCAUGUCCAGGCCCAUGAUCACACGGUCACCGGUGUCUCCCUUGAGUAACCAGGGCAUCCCAACACCUGCACAGCUCACCAAGUCCAAUGCCCCUGUGCACAUUGAUGUGGGUGGACACAUGUACACCAGCAGUCUGGCCACAUUAACAAAAUUCCCAGAAUCCCGAAUUGGUCGUCUCUUUGAUGGCACAGAGCCUAUAGUCCUGGACAGCCUGAAGCAGCACUACUUCAUUGACAGGGAUGGACACAUGUUCCGCUACAUCCUCAACUUCCUCAGGACGUCCAAGCUUCUCAUCCCAGAAGACUUCAAAGACUACAGUCUGCUGUACGAGGAGGCGCGAUACUUCCAGCUGCAGCCCAUGCUUGCUGAGCUGGAGCGUUGGCGCCAGGACCAGGAACUGAGCCGGGUGUCACGCCCCUGUGAGUGUUUGGUAGUGCGUGUUGCACCUGACCUGGGCGAGAGGAUCACGCUCAGCGGUGACAAGGCCCUGAUUGAAGACGUAUUUCCGGAAAUCGGUGACGUCAUGUGCAACUCUGUCAAUGCUGGCUGGAACCAUGACUCCACGCACGUCAUCCGCUUCCCUCUUAAUGGGUACUGCCACCUCAACUCUGUCCAGGUUCUAGAGCGUCUCCAACAGCGUGGGUUUGAGAUCGCCGGCUCCUGUGGCGGAGGCGUCGACUCAUCCCAAUUCAGCGAAUACGUCCUGAGGAGGGAACUGAGGAGGACGAGUCAGCGAGGAUCCAAUUCAAACAGGAUAAAGCAAGAGCAGCUGGACUAGAAACCUCCCGAGCAGUAGGAGGUGCUAGACUUUUCUGUGGCAGCCAAACUCUUGAUGCUGCAGAGCUCUGUGGACUCUGGUUUUUCUUCGUUUUCUUGUUGAUGUUUUUGUUUUCUUAAACUUGAGAACCAUCUAGAGAAUAAAAAUGAGGUGCAACAGGAGAAUUUUUUGCCAUAAGAAGAUACAAGACAUUUGAUAAGUUUGAGAUUGCAAGGACAUUUGUGAUUGUCUAGCCCCCAUAAGCCAAUUUAAAAAGGAUUUAUAUACGCUGGAUCCCCAAACAAAGUUUGUUUUAAAACUUAGAGCCUACAUUAGGUUAAAUAUGAUUUCUGUUAUACCCAUAUAAAUUAAUAAGGCUUUUAUUGCUGAUGUAGUAUGUUGCAUAGCUUGUCAGCAGUGACUUGAUUUUGUUGUCUCACUGGCAAAUUGGCUAAGUCUGUUUUUAUCCCUUGCUGUAAAAAGGUCACUAAUGUGUUGCUUACAGUACAGAAUGUCUCAGUUGUCAUUAACAGUUAGUUUCAACAAAGCAUCUUUUUUCACAAUUAACAUGAUGUUGAAUAUUGUGAUACCAAUGAAGUGUUUUUUUGUUUGUUUUUUACUUUAAUGGACGUUAUUAUAUUGGAUUAUGCCAUAACAUAUAGUUAACAUUUGUAUCAUCAAAAUUAAACAUCAAACACCAUUCUAUACGCAGUAAAGAAAUUAAUUUAGUAAAUUAUUAUGUCACACCAUUUGCCUCACUGGGGAGUAUGAACUACCGUCCCCCAUGUGCUACAUUGGGAAUUAUUUAAUUGGAUCAUAAUAUUCCUCUGAGUCAAGACCUUUCAAUUUUUUCAUUGUAUAUGUGUUUGUGUUUUUUACAUUGAAUCUUUUUAAAGCAAAUCUGUUGCCUCAGACAUGACUGAACAGAAUAAAGCUUAUUGUACUACCCACUCCAAGAUCACUUUUACUUGUAGCACAUAUUAAUAUGAAGUUGGAUAUAAAGUAUUUCUAAGAUUACUGACCCACCUACGCUCCCUAGAUUUGAGUAAAGAGGAA